GAGCCGGCUGUUCAUGCCUGGACUGGAAAUGCAAAGUGUCUAAACACCCAGCACUAACUUCAAAGGAAUUUUCAGGAGAUCAAGGCCCUCACCACACAUCCAGUAUAAUGAUCAAUAAAGAUCUGCCAUCGGAUAACAUUUAUGGCUACGCUCUGUCCCAGACUCUGAUGAAGGUGGCAGCUCCGGUAACAGUGGGGCUGUAUUCCCCCUGCCACAGUCGAGUCAAUAUGCUUCUCAAGAGCAUAGAAGCCCACAUGAAGAAUGAGGCUGAGAGAAAAGAACAAAACUAUGGAGGAAUUAAACCUCGUUCUACGUCCUCUGCAACCUAUUUCCUGUCCGCCAUAAUCAAGAUGCUUUUCUACAUCCCGAUGUGGACUGAACAGAACCAAAGUCACACUAAUGUCCGCUACAUAUUUGUGAAGUUCAGCGCUUGGCAUUUUGCGGGCAGUGACAUGCUUUGGGCAGGCUUGGUGAUGAGGCUCUAUGAGACACUUCAGCUGAGCUUUGGCAAGCUCCUGAUCCCUCUGUAUCGCAUCACCCAGCACGAGGAGGAGGAAGUGAAGAGGGUCAUCGAAGAUAGUGAAAAGGACUGGAGGCCAAGGAAGAUCUGCUGCUGCCCCCUGUGGUCACUGCUGGUUGUUGUGCUCACUGUGAUCCUGGUGAUAGCCGUCCUCCUUAUUAAGUGUGGUUUAUCCAGGAGCGGGGCUGAAGCCGAGGUUAAAGGUGGGCUGGGAAUGUUUGAAGGAUUUGCCAUUGGAAUCCUUGGGUUCCCAGCAUUUGGUGUUUGCCAGUUCAUCUUCAAGCUGAUAAAGAACCUCAUCAUGAACCCAGGCUUCAACAUCAGGUGUAAUAUGAACAACAGCAAGGUGAGCAACAAGCUGGGGUUCAUGAACGAGGUGUGGAAGGAGAUGAGGGUCAUAUCCUGCUUCAUCCAGUUCAUGGAGGUCUUUGAGAGGAGGAAGAUCCGUGUGGUGCUACAGAUCACCUACCUGGACCGAUGCACACCCAAACGGAUCACCGGGGUGCUCGAUGCCAUCAACAUCCUCCUGUCAGAUGAGGAGAGUCCUUUCAUUUCCAUGAUAGCCGUUAACCCAGAGAUCCUGGUGCAGCAGUUGGAUUAUGCUGACGGUUGCCUCAGUAAAGAGGACCGCGCACGUGCCUUCCUGAACCGCAUUGUGACCUUGCCCUUCACCGUCCCCGAACUGUGUGACAUCUCAAAGUGCAAGGUAUUCCGCAGCAUUGCCCAUCACCUGUCAAGGAGCAAGCAAGAGUUUCCUAUGGACGAAAUUCCCUCUGUUUCCCACGUUCAGACAUCAGAGAAAAGUGAAGAGAUUGAGUUGCGCAGACCCCUGAUCAGCAAAGACUGCAACAUCAUUUUUAAGCCAAUUGAAGAAGAGUUGGAGAACCUUAUUGAGAGUGCCUUUGAGUGUAUUUACAGUGAGAAAGGUAAACUGCACAGUUACCUCACAGGGGACACUAUAUCUAUGAGGAGAAUUAUCAAUUCGAUCAGGGUGACAGUGAUCAUCAUGGAGGUGAUGAAGGUUGAGUUGCCUUCUAUGGAGGUUCUUGCAGCUUGGGUAGUCCUGGCCGACCAGUGGCCGUGUCGUUUGAGUUGGAUCUUGGAGUGUCUGGAGGACCAGCAGCAAAGGGUAGAACUAGGCCGAGAGUCAUCCAUAGCAGCUGGGAAGACACUAUGGGAAGUCUUCAGCAAAUCCAGACUGGAGCUUUACAUGAUCAGGGAUCAGAUCAACAUGCACCAGGAGCAAGACGGAGAUCCUGAGCUGUUUGAGUUGUUUCUCAAGGUUGAUUUUAAGCUCACUGUUAAGGAUGCUAACCGGUUUGAACUGGCCACAGUCAACCUGGACCACUCGAUCAAGAAAGAGCUAUCCAGGAUCAGGGGAAGCUCCGCACGAAGGGACACAGUCGGGAAGGAAACCCUCAUCCCUCUCCCGAUUAGCUCUGUCAUCAACAUGAGCACAGAGGAUGUCUGCAAUGAGCUGGUGAGGCUCAAACUGCCAGAAAAGUAUAACGAGGUCAUCCGUGAGAAUGAACUGAAUGGACAGACACUCCUCUACAGCAAGAAUGGGGAGAUCAAGCGUGUGCUGCAGAUGUCCAUGGGAGAAUGGACAACCUUCAGCAUCCACUUCCUGGGCAUCUGUCCACCUCGGUUCCCCUUGCUGCAGUCUGCGUCUCCUCCCCGUCCGUCUGCAGUGACCCUGGGAGAUUGCUUUCAUUCCCAUUGUCACCCGGAGAAGCCGGAGAGAACACUACAUGCAUAUGAUUCAUAA